CCGGAAUUUGAGCUUGAGUCCGCGUGUGCGCUGUGACUGUACACAUGAUGUUUCAGUAGAGACUUUUAAAGGAGGUAAAACAGCGAAAUGAAAUUUGGACACGUCCUAUAGCCAGUGAAAGACACAGAAGAUGCUGAGUGACUCUGAGGCUGCUGAGCUGCUUUCCUUCCUGAGCCCUGGUACACGUCCUGAUGUCAAAGCUCAGGCCACAGAGUACAUCCUGGGACUGUCUGGACACAGGGAUGGCUGCCGCUUCCUCCGCUCUAAACCUGACUUGCUUGCUGCCCUGUUUGCGUUGACCUCUGACCCCUCUGUUGCCAUAGUGAAGGACUGUUACCACAUCCUCAUCAACCUGUCAGCUGAUGAGACUCUGCACCAGGUUUUGCUGGCAGAUGUUAAAGUCCUUCCAGUGCUGCUGAAGAAACUUCUGGAUCCAGAGUACCUGUUCUCUGAUCAGAUCUGCACCAUCCUGUCCAACCUGACCCGCCAUGAGAAGACCUGCAAGACUGUGUUCAAGGUCCUCCAGGAGGAGGUUGGUCUGGCUCAGCUUGUGGAGAUCUUCUGUACUGAAGGUUACAACAAAAAGGCAAAGCUCCACUACCUGGGUCCUCUGAUGUCCAACCUUACACAGUUACCUGAAGCUAGGAACUACAUGAUGGACAAGGACAGGUGUGUUGUCCAGAGGUUGCUGCCCUUCACUCAGUACCAGGCAUCAGCUGUGAGGAGGGGAGGAGUCAUAGGCACUCUGCGCAACUGUUGCUUCGACCACACACAUCAUGAGUGGCUGCUGAGUGAUGCUGUGGACAUCCUGCCCUUCCUCCUGCUGCCGCUGGCCGGUCCGGAGGAGCUGUCGGAGGAAGAGAAUGAAGGUCUGCCUGUGGACCUGCAGUACCUCCCAGAGGACAAGAAGAGAGAAGAAGACCCCGACAUCAGAAAGAUGCUGCUGGAAACACUCUUACUGCUGACGGCAACCAAAGCCGGCCGGCAAACGUUAAAAGAGAAGAACGUUUAUCCGAUCAUGCGAGAGUUUCACCGGUGGGAGAAGGACGUCCACGUUUCAGCAGCCUGUGAAAAACUGGUCCAGGUGCUGAUAGGCGACGAGCCGGAUCAGGGGAUGGAGAACCUAAUGGAGGUGGAGAUUCCUGAGGACGUGGAGGAGAAACUGAAGGAGGCAGACGCCAAAGAACAGCAGGAGCUGGAGAAAGAGCAGGCGAAGGUAGAAGAAGAGCAGGAGAAAACGAAGAACAAUGAUAAUACAGAGCGGACAAACAGAGAACAGGAGAGCGGACUCAUACAAUAAAACCUGAUUUAGACUGGUAGCAUCAGCUGGUCCACGGAGGGGGUGCUGAGUUGAAAAGUAAAAGUACGUAAUGAUAAGGAAAGAGCCACCUUCGAAACAUGCAAACACUGUUGGUGACAUGAUGUUGAUAUGUCAUGAUCUGGUAUCAUUCGGCUGUGUCAUAAGGACAACUGAGAGAAUAUUAUCCCUUGCUAAAUCAAACUACUGUUCAUGUGUAAUCCUUAGUGCUAGGAAAUGAGAUACAAGAGUAAUUUGUGACCUCACCAUUGUGCAGCCUCAUCCUCUUACACAUGGAGUCUGGAAUGUGCCACCAGAAUAAUCAUAGACAUUUUCAUUAUACUGUUCUUAGACUUGACAAAGCUCCUCUGUUGCAACUGAAGACAAUAUACAGCUGUUUUUACAGGCUGAGAAUGAUCAAUAAUGACCAGUAAGAUGGUCGUGUUUAUCGAAAAACAUUUUUCCAUUGAUGGAAAAAUGUUUACUUACUAAUGUGCCUGUCUCAAAAUAUAUGAGUUCCCAGUUUUCAUUUCCUAAUUGCUUUUUUGCCACCUGAAAACCUGAUUUCUGGUCAGAUUUUCACCAAAUGUCAGAAAAGUAGUUGCUUCUCUGAGGCAGUUUUUAAAGGACACAGACUGACCAGAAGGGGGCGUCAGAGGGUUUACAGUUAUUGUCAUUUCUCUGCACUGACACUAAUCUAAAACCAGUCACCUCUGCUCGCCUUCCUCUGCGGAAGUUCGUCUUUAACUUGCAAAUAAACAGACCAAACUUUAAGUGCAUCAAAUUUAAAACUCGUGAGUAUCUCACAGAAUGAUCCAACAGUAAGUUAAAACUAUUAAAGUUAGAUCAAUUUUAGGAGUUCAGACCAUGUUGUAACUUUUUAUUUUGUAAUUAUGACUUUAACAUUCACAUGAACUGAAUGAGACUCACCAGAUCUAAUGAGAAACCAAAACACUACUGCCCUCAGCUCUGUGUGUGUGUGUGUGUGUGUGUCGUUGUAGGAACCAGUUUGAGAUUAAACCCUUUAAACUGAAGAUGUUUUUGAAAAGUAAAGAAAGUGAGAAAACAUUUUGGGAAAGUGGGGAUUUUUUGGACCCUAGUUUGGACAUUUGUUGGGAGUGAGGACAUUUUUGAAGACUUGUGAAGCGAGGACAGUUUAGGAGGGAGGCUCCAUUUUGGGAAAGCAAGUGCACUUUUGAAAGUAGGGACAUUUUGCCUGGUCAUCACUUCUUCAAGAGACUUCAGACUUGGUUUUAUGGUUAAGCAUAGAAAUAGGUUCAGGUUAGGGACCUGAGAAUAGAAUCUGUACAUCAGUAAGGUUCCUCAAAGUUACAGGGGUACAAACAUUUAGAUGAGCAUUAGUAUACCUAGUGACGGAGGAGGAGAGGAGUAGACUUUGCAGUUGCUGAUAUACUUGCUGUAAGGUUGAAACGGGACACUAUUACACAACGAGUAUUUGUGUGCAUCUGUGGCUGCUGACCAGGUGUUUAUCAGCGUCUUUGUGAGUUUUUCCAUCUCAGAACAAGGUCAGGUUCAAA